CACGAAAACCUUAAGCGCUAUCACUCUGUACCCCACUAUACGACAUAACGCUUGCGCCCCGGCGAAUUACGUGCACUGGCGUGACAGCCUCCGUCAACAUGGACGCGUACUCACACGGCUCGCGUAAUGUGAGAAAUCCUUCCGGAUUUUCCUUUCACGACUGUGGAUCUAUGACUGUACUUCUGCAAAUAACAUCGAAAGGCGAACGUGAGUGCUUGGGUCGUUGUGCCAAAGCCUUACGGUGUGUAUAAGUUAAAGCGAGGACCGCAGUGGAGACGGUAUCGGAAACUCGAAGACACUCUUACUCUAGAGACUUACACACGUUCCUACUACAUCGGCUGAACCGGUCUCAGCAUGACUCGCCCACGCCGGCAAGGCCAGCUCGUGCCAAUAUUUCAACCUGACGGACGUACAUCAUCUUUCAGAUAUGAGCCGUUCAGUCAUCCACGGAAUCAGAUACGUUUGUUUCGUAUCCGACGGCAUACAAGUACCCGUAUUUCCUUCACAGUGCGCAACUACAACUUUGGCUCAGACCCCUACCUGGACCUGAACCCGGACCUACCGACCUAUCGCGCACUUUCAUAUACAUGGGGUGAGGUGACUAACUUCGCCCCGGUACCAGUGAAUGGCAGUUAUCACUUACAAGUGAGCCAGAAUCUCCAUAGAUUCCUCGAGGAGUUAUGUCAGGAUAAGCAUCUUGACUCUGGUAUUAGAGACCACUUCCUCUGGAUCGACCAAAUCUGCAUCAAUCAGAAAGAUCUCAGCGAAAAGACCUAUCAGAUCCCUUUAAUGUCGAAGAUCUAUGAAAGGGCUGAGAGUGUUAUAGUUUGGCUCAACGACGACUCGUUACUACCUGUUCACUCCAUCGGAACCACGCCAAGACCCAAAAAUCUUGUUAGGGCUGCGCAAGAUAUCACCAUCUACGCACGUGGGCAUUACUUCGAGUUCAAGGUGGAUCAAACACGUGCGCCUCAACACAUAGUGUCUGCCUUUCGACAUCUCCUGCAGCACAAUUAUUUCUCACGAAUAUGGGUCGUGCAGGAGUUGUGUCUUUCCACAGAGGCUAUAAUACUGAUUGAAGGGGGUGUUUGGCUCGACUGGCGACGAAUGUACGACAUCUGGACUGAGUGUGAUUUCGAGAGAGGGGUCUUAAGUCCAGCGGUGGAGAGCAUGCUGAGAAAAGGCUACGGACAAGAUCAUUUACUACAUGCAAUCGAGUCGUACUCGGGCAACCACUGCUACAUAUCUCAAGAUAAGGUGUACGGCCUCCUCGGCCUCGUCCGCAAAGAAGAACGACCUGUCGUUGACUGCAAGAAGACGGUGGAAGAAGUCCUUGCGGAGGUCGUGGAGAUCGCACUGAGGGUCGACGAUAGAGACUUCUACGAGUUCGAUGAGAAAGUGUUGUUUAGGUUAGGCUUACAGAUGGGACUGACGCCUCUACAACAAAAUGGUUGGAUUAACUAUGUCCGGGCAGUGAAGAUCAUAGACAAUGAGAUACAGCAGGCCAUCGACUUCAAGGAUCGACACAAAGUGCUGGCUAAAUUGCGCAGUCUCGUCGGUACGGAGUCUAGUCGCCCUUCUACUACAAUAAACGCCAUAGGUUUCACUCGUGGUGGCGCAACUGGCACGGGGAAAGGAACAUCCUCCAAGAUCGACUUCUGGGCUUUCCAAUACAAGGAUGUAUACUACAGCUUUCCAUGCCUCCCACUUUCUCAACUUCGACAACGACCCACAUCAUAUCAUCUCAAGAGUGAGAACCCUCGAACUACAUUCACCGCAGAUGAUUGCGAACAGCUUGUUUCUUGGCCGUGCGAUGAGCCGAGGAACUCAGGCGAGUACUCUCUUUACACUUCGUCAAGGCCACACCAUCAAGUGGUCUCGUAUUCGGAGCAACGAAGGAUGAAGGGAAGGCAUCAAUAAUCAACCUUUCAAUUCACAGGAUCCACGAAGAUGGAUAGUUAGCUCUGAAUAAGUGUUGUGUUUUAUUCCAAACAAUCAGAAAUAGCAAUAUGGCAGCGCUGUCUUUGCAU